AUUACGGCCGGGUGGCGCCGCUCCUCCCCUCCUCGCUGCCGCCCAUCGUCGUUCCGCCGCCCAAAUCAAACCCAAGAGAAAGAGAAAGAGAAAGGGAACCCCCUCUUCCUUCCUCCCUCCCGCCCCCGCCUCCCCCCAUGGCCUCGAGCUCGCGCGGCGGCGGCGGCGGCGGCGGCGGCGUCGGGCCCGACGGGGGCGUCGGGGACGGGCCGACGACGCUCGACGAGCUGUACAAGAUCAACGUGGUGCCGGCCGAGCUGCACUUCAAGUUCCGCAAGGAGCUCCAGGGCCUCCGCGUCGGCCUCAACUUCGAGUUCUAUAAUCUUGAGGUGAAUGAUUUUGAGGCGAAGGUAGUUCUGAAGCCUCUGGACUAUGAACGGAAGUGGAAGUUCCACUACAAGCCCAUCAGCGGUGAUAUACAGCUUCUUUCCAAGAAGAUACCAGUAACGAAGUUUCUCAAUCUACAGGUCGGCAUUGGUCACAAUUUCCAUCUCAAUGCCACUGGAUGGAAGUGGAAGCUCUCUACGUGUUUGGGGGGAGAUGGUGUCUCUCAGAUAAGAAACAAAUCGACACUCAGCAUGUUCCCAGGGUUUGAUUUGAGGGUCGGUUGGAGAGCUGAAUAUGUGCUUCCUGAGAUUCAUGGGGCUGUUGGAACAGGAGAACCUGCCUUCAGUAUGAACUACGGGCGAUUGCAAGCAUCAAUAGAUCGAGUUGAGGCUAUCGUAACACAGUCAGAUCGGUAUUGACCCCUUACAAGGUAUAUACCAGGAGGGUGAAGAUGAUACAUCUCAAAUCCAAUGGAGUUCUUCUCACUUGAGUCACUUCUGUAUUUUGAGGUUUUGUAUCUGAUGUACAGUAAUUAGCGAAGUGUUAUUCUAGGAACAGAGGUUGUCCAAACCCUUGCACGGCACUUGUUUUAGCAAACAUGAUGAAUAAUGUUCCUGAUGAUUGUGUUUGGCACAUUCACUCCUCCUGACAUACUGAACUUGUGACUUAGAUUAUCAGACAACUAAAUUGUUAUGGAUCAAUUCCGUAACAUAUUGCCGUAUGGAACUUGAAAGGGUGGUGUUUGUUGUUA